AUGGCGACAACGUACAAGUCCAUUUCCCUCGAACGAACGGGCAACAUAUACAUAAUCACGCUCCAGAAGCCACCCGAAAAUCGACUGGACGUAGCGGCCUGCCAGGAGCUCAUCCGAGCAUAUCGUCAAAUCGAAAAAGAAUUCGGCCGCGACUCAGAGGGUGCAGUCAUCCUCAGAGGCAACGAUGCGAAGUUCUUCACGACCGGCUUAGAUCUCCACGAACGAGAUGUCAACCCGUUCGUUUCGUCGGACGGCUUUUAUCCCCUUCUAGCUACUAUACUGGACUUUCCAUUCCCGACAGUUGCUCUGAUUACUGGCCAUGUCAUGGGAGGAGCAUGUCUGUUGACGCUUGCACACGACUACCGGAUCAUGAAUGACAGUCGAGGGUAUUGGCAGAUGCCUCCUGUGAAUGCUGGACUACAUCAUGAUGGGAUGGGCAGCUUAAUCAGGGCAAAGCUGGCGCCUCAGGUGAGGAGGAAAGUGUUGCUGGAGGCCCACCGAUACAAAGGCCCGGAAGCAUUGAAAGAUGGCAUUGUCGAUGCUGUUGCACCUCCGGAUCAGAUGCUCGAUGUUGCAAUCGCUUGGGCAGAGACUUGGAAGUCAAAGGCGAAGAUGGGUGUCUACGGUGUGUUGCGCAACGAAUUGGUGGGCGAGGCGCUCAAAGCCUACCAGAUGAAUAGCUACGUACACCACCGAGAGACGGCAAGGGAGCCAAAGAUCAAAUUGUAA